AUGGGCGGCAACUUGAGUGCGCUCAUCAUCAAUACGCCGGUUGACGUCAACACGAACGCAACCGAGGUCGAGUUGCUCGUCCCAGAGCUCACGGCCGAGCAGCGCAUCGCACAGCUUGAGACUCAGCUCAAGCACGAACGCGAGGACAAGGCUCGCUUGGUUCGCGACCAUCGUGAAGCGCUCCAGCGGAUUCGGGACGUCACCACCGCGGCCCAUGCCAGCCUCCAACGCGCGCGCAAUGCCGGCUUGUUGCUGCAGAAAGAAUUUCCGUUCGCAGUCCUUACGCCAGGCCGGCUUCAAAGCGGCGACCUCGCGCUGCGCAUCCAGCUCAAGCCCGCAUUCCAAAAGGACGCAAAGGUCGUCUUGCGCUUCAAGCAAACCAUGGCCAUUAUGCAAGCACUCCGAGGCGGCGGCGGCUCGCUCUUGCGCAUUUUCGGUGCCAAUCAACUCGAAUCGAACGACCCGGUCGCGUACGUCGAGUAUGUGACGGGCAUGACCCUCCAGCGCUACUUGUGCUCCAAAACCGAUGCAUCGUGGUCCGAGAAGCUCCACAUUGCGGUCCAAGUCGCCACGGCGAUCGCCCACAUGCACAACCUCGCCGUGAUGCACCGUGACCUCUCGUGGCUGUGUGUCUACGUGGAUGCAACCGGUCACGUCAAGGCGCGGUGGAGCGCUCCCGAAACACUUGCAACGACCGACGCCGUAUCGUACGAUGACAAGAUCGACAUCUUUGGCCUCGGGUUGCUCCUCAUCGCUUUCGUCACGCGCGACCUCCCCUUUAUGCAUGUGUUGACGCCCAAGGGCAAGCAUCUCGACGACGACUUGCUUUGCCGGUGGUUUCAAGACCCGAAGCGUGCCCAAGAGCUUGUGACGAGCGACUUUGGGGACUCUCCGUCCGACGAGUACAACAACCUCGCGCUUGCUUGCAUCCAGCUGGACCCGGAACGUCGGCCCACGGCACCCGAAGUUGUCCGCCGCCUUGAAGCCAUGCUGCUGUCGUACGGUGGUCCAUUGUCCGUGACGAAGAGCGAUGCGACGGUCCAUCUUGCUGUGGCCGUGCACAACACAUUCGCCAUGACGUUUGAGCCCACGUUUGGCGACGCGUACGCGCUCGAGUGCGUGGUCAGCGUCGACGACGCAAGCCGCAAGCCCGUCAAGUUCUCGAACAAGAAGGAAGGAACAAAGUCGCACAUUUUUGAUUCAGAGACAACGUUCGACAACAUUGACCCGGUCGAUUGGACGCUGCAACUCAUUUUCAAGACGCCUGGCUACGACAUCGCCCCAUUCGGGACGAGCUUUGGGGGCCGUCAUGUCGGGAAGGCCACGAUCCCGCUCGUUGAGUUUCUGAAAGCUGAGAACAAUCCGCGCAGUCUCUCGGCGCCCCGGGAAAAGGUCUGCGACAUUUAUGGCUACGGCAAGGACGGCGACACGAUCGGCAAAGUGGCUCUCUCGGUGGCGUUUCGGGGUCAGCUCCGAGAGCGCCUCGAGGACUACGAAGCGCAUAUUGCCAAUGCCAUUGACGUUACGGCGGACGUACACGAGAAGCGCAACGUGGUGGCGCAAGCGCUCUUGCGCGAUGCGCCGUAG